AUGCGCUAUUUGAUAGAGCUUGGCUCCCCAAAUAGCAUCUAUUAUACGGUAUUCUGUUGCUCACACAUUAUAAUUGCGUUUGCUAUUUUUAUGAUUCUAGACAUGACUUUACAACUAUUCUCGCUGUUCUUCGAGCUUUUCGUGAUUUUUGAUUCUCCCCCAGCGAUAAUCUUUUUUGCAUGUCGUGUGGUCCUUAUUCUAUGUGUAACCAUUGCUAGAUUCAUAAUCUCCAUUCAAGAAUUCUCGUCUUCAGAAGAGCCAACACUUCAGGAGCUUUCAAACCUUUUUCAGAUAAUUCCAGUCAUUUUGUACACAAUUGGAGCAUUUUUAUCGAUUAAAUUGUUUUCGUUUUUUACUGGAAGAUAUAGAGGAUACUACGAUGUAGAUGAAGACCUACGGCUGGAAAUCAAGAGAGCUUUCACUGAAUUCGAAGCGACUAUCGAUGAGGCACCAGUCAAGGAGGACUAA